GCGAGCUGACGGACGGGCGCGCGCCGCACCGCGCGGGCGCCGCACCUGCGGGCCCGGCGUCGGGCUGCCGCAGCGCCGGGGACACGGCGUCCGCGCCGCCGCCGACAUGAGCGCCGUGUCGCCGCCCCAGGCUGCCCACGGCCCCCUGGAGCAGCCGCCCAGCACGGCGAUCCUGUGCCACACGUGUGGGAACGUGUGCCGGGGGGAGGUGCUGCGCGUGCAGAACAAGUACUUCCACAUCAAGUGUUUCGUCUGCAAAGCCUGCGGCUGCGACCUGGCCGAGGGCGGCUUCUUCGUGCGGCAGGGCGAGCACAUCUGCACGCAGGACUACCAGCGGCUCUACGGCACCCGCUGCUUCAGCUGCGACCGCUUCAUCGAGGGCGAGGUGGUGUCCGCGCUCGGCAAGACCUACCACCCCGACUGCUUCGUGUGUGCCGUCUGCCGGCUUCCGUUUCCUCCGGGGGACCGCGUGACCUUCAAUGGGAAGGAAUGCAUGUGUCAGAAGUGCUCCCCACCCCCGGCCACAGGCGGCGCACACCUGUCCCAGGGCCUUCGGAGCUGCGGGGGCUGCGGCCUGGAGAUCGCCAGCGGCCAGGCCCUGGUGGCCUUGGACAAGCACUGGCACUUGGGCUGUUUCAAGUGCAAGACCUGUGGCAAGCUCCUGAACGCCGAGUACAUCAGCAAAGACGGGCUGCCCUACUGUGAGGCCGACUUCCACUCCGAGUUCGGCAUCCGCUGUGACGGCUGCGAGCAGUACAUCACCGGACGCACACUGGAGGCCGGGGAGAAGCACUACCACCCUUCCUGUGCGCUAUGCGUCCGGUGCGGCCAGAUGUUCGCGGAAGGCGAGGAGAUGUACCUGCAAGGUUCCUCCAUCUGGCACCCCGCAUGCCGGCAGGCAGCCAGGACUGAAGACAAGAGCAAGGAGACCAGGACUUCCUCAGAGAGCGUCAUCUCCGCGCCGGCCUCCAGCACCUCAGGGUCCCCGAGCCGUGUGAUCUAUGCAAAGCUUGGCGAUGAGAUCCUGGACUACAGGGACUUGGCAGCUCUUCCCAAAAGUAAGGCCAUCUACAACAUCGACCGCCCCGACAUGAUCUCCUACUCCCCCUACGUCAGCCAUGCUGCGGGGGACAGGCAGAGCUGUGGCGAGGGAGACCAGGAUGACCGCUCCUACAAGCAGUGCCGGACCUCCAGCCCCAGCUCCGCCGGCUCCGUCAGCCUCGGGCGCUACACCCCGACGUCACGGUCGCCCCAACACUACAGCCGUCCAGGCGCCCGGGCCCUUCCAGUGAAUGCGGACAGCAGCUUCCGCUCCUGGAGGCCGCGGCUCUGGGGAGGUCGGGCCCGGCCACGGCGCUCCAGACCCUGA